CUGAUUCAGUUUUACUGCCAUUAACUACCUAUUAUUGAGUAUUAUAGCAUUUAGUUCAUUGCUGGUUUAUAUGUGAUGAUUGUCUAUAAUAUUAUGGUUUAGACGUUAAUAGUUAACAAUAUUAAAUAUUUCCUUUUACCUAUUUCAUUUAUUUGAAAUAUUAUAGUAAAUUUAGUUCAGUCGUUAUAGGAUAAAAUGGGUGCAUUUACUAGUCGACAAAGCACUAGAGUUGAAGAAGUGGACAACAACUCAAAUAAUGCUUAUAAAUAUCCACCCAAAUCUGGAAAUUAUUUUAGCACUCACUUUAUUAUGGGCGGUGAAAAAUUUGAUACACCACAACCAGAAGCAUAUUUAUUUGGAGAAAAUAUGGAUUUAAAUUUUUUCAGUAAAUGCCCUACUACAUUUCCAUACCCGCCUCCUGAGGUAGGGGAACCUACUAAACCGUUAAAAAGUUUGGUAAAUAUUAGAAAAGAAUCAUUGCGUUUUAUACGUACUGAAGAAGGUAAAACUAUAUUCAAUAUAGAAUUUACUUUUGAUUGCGAUUCUCCGUGUUCAAUAACAAUAUAUUAUUUCUGCACUGAAGAUUUUACACCAAGCGGGGUUUCUUUUAACUGUCGUGAUCCAUCGAUGACAUCUGAAGUUUAUCACUAUAAACGAGGUUCAAAUCAACAAUUUAUUCAACCAUUGCAUAUGUUUGAUCCUAGUAUAUACAGUACUGAGGACUUAACCUAUGCAUUUAACAAAGAAGUUAUUCCAAUUGCUAUACAUUGUGUUGCUCAUGAUACUUCUGAAGAAACGCGACAGUCACAUACCACAAUUGCAGUGGUUGAACAAUAUUCAGAUGGUUCCUACAUUUUAAAAGCUUUAAAACAAAAAUUAUUUGUAGAUGGAUUAUGUUACUUGCUGCAAGAAAUAUAUGGCAUUGAAAAUAAAACACCCGACCUAAAAGAUUCUGGAGAUGAAGAUUUAGAAGAUGGUAGUUCAGAAUGCGUAAUUUGUAUGAGUGAUAUGCGUGACACAUUAAUCUUACCAUGUCGUCACUUGUGUUUAUGUCAAUCAUGUGCAGACUCUUUAAGAUAUCAAGCUAAUAAUUGUCCAAUAUGUCGAGUUCCAUUCCGUGCUCUUUUACAAAUAAAAGCCUUACAAAAAACAUUGGAUAAUAAUCAUAGAAUUGAUUUACGUACUCCUUAUGGCUAUGAAACUGUUCCUUUGAUUGAAGCUCUCAAUGGUCCAAAUUUUCGACGAUAUAGUAAUGCCACUAAAGUUCCAAGUGAUCCUUUACUAGAAUCUUCACCUGAUAGCCAAUGUGCUGGACUCACUAUGUCUAAAAUGAGUUUAGACAGACUUUCCAGAAAAAAAUCGUGCAGCCUAGAUUCACAUGGUGAAUCAUUAAGCCUUAGUGAUAAUUCUUUAAGUUCUAAUGCAGCUGCAUCCAACAGUGAUAAAUCAUCUAAAGCUUCUAAUAAGGAUGAAAUAAAACCUAAAAUUCCAAUUAAGUGUAAAGAUAAAGUGAGAGUAAUUAAUGAAAAAGCAAAUCCUGAGGAAGAGACUCAGGAUGAAGAUAGUGAAGCAGAAAAAAUGUCUCCAUUGUUGGACUCAGAGAAAAGUAUUGAAAAGAAAGUUGAACAUCCCCAACCUGUUAUAGUUGAAAAAAAAGAAAUUAAUGUUAUACUUAAUCAUGGCGCAGAAGAUGCUGAGUGUUAUGGUGAAUGUGCUGCAAGAAUGCUAGUUACACAUCAAAAUGAAAAGCCUCAACUAUCAAUAUCUCAAGAAAGAGUGUCAUUACCUGGCACUCCAAUGAGUACUGUAAGUCAACGUUCAAGUGGUGAAAGUUAUACUUCAGUUGGUUCUUCUCGUUUGUUAUUAGCUGCAUAUGAAAAAACUACACCUGUAUAAAUUUAAAAAACCAUGUUUAUUUGAUGAAAUUAAUUUUCUCUCCAUUAUUUAUAAUAUAUACUCUAACCUAAUUAUAAUUAACUGUACAAACUUUGAAUUAUAUAAGAUAACUAUUUUAAAGUAUAUUUAAAAUAAAAAUAAUAAAUAAUAUUUAAAAUUAAGAUUGUAUUAAUAAUAUGUAAAUUUUAUACAAAAUGUAUUAUGUUAUACUUAUAUAAAGCUCCUAAAGAAUUUUAAAAUUGUUAAAUUAUUACUAUAAAUAUUGUAAGUGUAUGAAUCUCACUAUUAAAUUGUAUAAUAUAUUUUAAUCUAUUAAAGAAAUCUGUCAUAAGACAUAUAUCAUAUAAGGUAACUUAACCAAACAUUUUUAUUUUUUUUUAAAGACAACCUAACAAAUUCAAUAGGAGUUUUAAGGUUGAUUAUAUUACUUUGGGGCUACAAAGAUAACUUACAUAGUUAAUACUUAAUUAUAAUGAUACUAGCAUCAAUACAUCAUAUUUUACAUUCAUCAAAUGUCCUAUCCCUUCAACUUUGGCCAUUUCAAUUUUUAUCCACAGUACAUUUCUUAAUUAAUUCAUUUCGAUUCUGCUUCCAAUUAAUCUUUUAAUUACUUCUGACCAUACGCAUUCUUUGUCGACAUUUGUGGUCCAAUGACGACUUCCUAAUUCUUACUCUGUAGCAAAAUAAAGAUAACCCCCCCUCCCCUCACCCAAUUGAGGAUUCCUGAUCUCGCCACUGCCUAUUACAAAGUAUUCGGAAAAUAAAAUAUUAAAAUGUACCAAUAAUGUAUAAAUACAUGAUUUAACUUUGUAAUAUUAUGUAUACAAUAUAUUACAUGUAUUAUAUAUAUUUUAUUCAUAAUUGUAUAAUUCAAUGAUAAUAUUUUAUGAUUUUAUGCGUAUUAUUGCAUAUAACCUAUGUGUAAAAUGUAAAUAUAGUCUUUCCAAACACUAUAUGUAUAAUAUCUUACAAUGUAUUUUAUAUAGAAGCAAA